AUUAUCUUAUAUUUGCUUAUGGGAUAAGAUAUCCGUACACUUUAUAUUGUUGUUCUUUUCUCUUUCCUAUCAUCUUUUGUGACAAUAAGGGGCGGAGCCAGGGUUUUGAGUUGUCAACAUUAAUGGCGAAUAAUUGGAUACCUACUAGAGAUUUGUAUGGCGAUAUAAUAAACCCAUCGGCAUUGUUUGCUGGUGCAGCCGGAGAUCCUUCAAAUCCAACAAUCAAAUACUUUGUGACUACUACGAAGGAAAAAAUAUCAAUAUCAUCACUGGGGUUGUCUUGGAAAAAAGAUAACCAACUUAUAGGCAUUAUUAAUGAAGCUACGGGCGAAAACAAAGGUUUCAAGAGGUGCAUCAAGUUGUUUCAGAAGGGUAAGGGUUCAAAUGAUCUCGUCUGGAUAAUCACGGAGUACUCGUUGAAUUCGAAUACACCAGGAGUUGAUGAAGAUUUAAAAAAUGAAGUCGUAUGCCGAGUAAGGAGUAUUCCCAUUAACAAUCCUAAGGCCCAGGCCCAACAUCAGAAAGAAGCCCAAGCCCAGCAACAACAAGAGGAGGAAGAUGAAGCUGACAUUGACUUACAACUAAAGUUGUGA